UUCCAGCCCGCACCGUCUCAGCCGAGACCAGAGACCAGCGGGACCAGGUGUCCCCGGGCGCGCCAAGAUGCAGCCGAGGCUCUGGCUCCUCAUUGCCGCGCAGCUGUCAGCUCUCCAUGGCGGCUCAGCACUCAUGCAGACUCCUCCGUCCAUGAUGGCUCAAACCAACCAGACAGUGAAGCUGUCCUGUGAAGCCAGAACUUUCCCCACCAACACUCGCAUCUACUGGCUGAGGCUGCGUCAGGCCCUGAGUGCCAACAGCCACUACGAGUUCCUGGCCCUCUGGAUUCCUAACGGAAAUCCUGUGUAUGGCAAGGAGACGGAGAAGCAGCUAACUGUGCUUCAAGAUUCUUCCCGCUACCUUCUCCAACUCCGACACGUGAAGCCUGCGGACAGUGGCAACUACUUCUGCAUGGCUGUUGGCAACCCCGAGCUGACCUUUGGGAAGGGAACUCGGCUGAGUGUGGUUGAUGUCUUUCCCACCACUGUCCAGCCCACCAAGAAGACCAGACCCAAGAAGAAAAUAUGCCGAUUACCAAACCUGGUGCCCCCAAAGGGCCCUGCCUGUGCCCCCCUCAUCAUUGGCCUGCUGGUGGCCGGCCUCCUGGUUCUGCUGGUGUCCUUGGGUGCGGCUGUCCAUGUAUACUGCCUGCAGAGGAGAGCCUGGCGUCGCCUCAUGAAACAGUUUUGUAAGUGAGCAGAGAAUACGCUUUUGGUGUCCUGCUACAAAAAUACAUCGGUCAUUGAUGGGCAAGGUCUGGAAAAAUGAGAGCGAAAGGACACACUCAACCAUGGACAUGUCACCAACCUGCCAAAGCUGCCUGCUUUUAACUACUGCAAGUUCUUUCUGUGGACCUCAUGCCUGAGAGCAACUUGUUACAUAGUCAUCAGGAAUCUGAGAGAGAAGGCUUCAGAGCCCCAGGGCCCUCUCUGCAACUCAAAAGGCAUAUGCAGGAUUGAGUACAAAAUGGCACCAGUGCAGCACUUUCAGCUCCUGUUUGGGCUGGGAAUUUCAGUCUUGCGGUCCAGCCACUGCCUUGCUUUGUCCUGGUAGGGCGGUGACAUUGAGACCUGAGUCUCUCAUGGGAUGGUGCUGGGAUGGGUCCCCUUGGUCUUCCCUGGCUGGAGUUGUCCUUCCCCACAGAGAGCCCCAGGCAGCAGACCCAGAUUGGAAAGGAGGCUUCCAAGAGGGCCUGAGCUGGCUCCCCCUUUCGCCUCUGUUUCUGAGGACCUCCCUUGGGGCUGGAAACUUAGGGUUUGGGGCCAGGAGGCCACUUGAUUUCCCACUAGGAAGUUCCUCAGCUUUCACUUUCUGCCCCCCCAUGGCUUGUACAUUUCUUCUUUCACUCUCUGUUUCUUUUAAGAAAAUAACUUGAUUGUAAAAAUAAAGUAUUUUUUUAUUUUUAUUGAAGUAUAGUUGA